AUAACCUGCAAAAAUUGUUAUAAAGUUAAUUGUAUUUUUGUUAUUUGACUUUGAACAUUCAAUAAAAUAUGAGUGAAAAAGGAUAUAGCGAGGUGAGUGACAUAUCGUCAAUGACAAGUAGCGAUGACGAUGAUGUAGAACUGAUGUUAGAUCUACACGAGCAGAGAAUUAAAAACAAAAAUUAUUUAGAAGAAAUAGUGCCACAGUAUUCCGAGGAAGUGUUUUUUGAACAUUUUAGACUGACAAGGCAAACUGCUGGCCAAUUGGGCGAAAGGUUUGAAAUGAGCCCGAAUUUUAAUAGUCAAGUGGGACAAUAUAGGAACAUACUAGCUUUGCAACAAGUUCUCAUUUAUUUAUGGUACAUAGGGCACCAGACUUCCAGUUUUCGAGACGUUGCUGAUAGAUUUGGUGUGACAAUAAGUUCUAUACAUAGAAUUAUUCAUAGAAUCACUAUGUUUUUGAGUAAUCUCUCUCCAGAAAUAAUAAAAUGGCCAAACGAAAAUGAAAAACAAAUUAUUAAAGAGCACUUCUUCGCAAAUGGAUUUCCAAAUGUAAUUGGAGCCAUUGAUGGCACUCACAUUAAAGUGGAUAAACCAGAAAAUGAUCCAGACUCCUACAUCAAUAGGAAAGGAUACUAUUCUAUACAGAUGCAAGCUGUUUGUGAUCAUCGAAGGAAAAUAAUAGAUGUUUUCAUUGGAUACCCUGGUUCGGUGCAUGAUAGCAGAGUAUUCAGAAACUCUCCAUUGAAAAACAGACUGGAAGAGAAAUGUGGCAGAUAUUAUCUUUUGGGAGAUAGUGGUUAUCCUCUGCUUCCUAAUUUAUUAACCCCUUAUAAAGAUAGGGGCAACUUAACUAGACGACAGCAAAAUUAUAAUUUAAAGUUAUCAAAAAAUCGAUAUGUCAUAGAACAUAAAAAGGGAAAAUGA